AUGCAGGACGACACUUCGUCUCCGGUGCUGGCGGUGGUCACGCGCUGGCUUGGGUUCAUUUCUGGCGUGUUUACGAUGUCUCUGUGGUGUUUCCUGCUUCCCACGACGAAGGCGUCGAUCUCGAUUCCCCACAACUUCCUCGACGACGUGAACCGGGAAACAUGGCGGCUGCAGCUCUUCUCCUUUUCGCCCGACGUGUUUAUUGACAUGUGGACGCCGUUCGUCAUGGGGCUCGCUGCGGUGCUUUGCCACUUCGAGAACUUCAACUUGUCCUUCAUCACGCAGGACUUUAUGCGGUUUUUCCUCUGGAACUUCAUCCUGGCGCUCUUUGGGAACCUCGGCUACGCGGGCGGCAUGGGCGUCGUCGUCGGCUGCGUCACGCUUCUCACAACCUUCUUCUCGCUCAUCUGCAUCUUCGUCUGCAACGGCUCCGCCAAACUCGACAUUCGAUUCGGCAAGCGAAGCGAUAGCAUGAGCUUCUGA